AUGGCAUUCCAAAUCCGGACGAAGCGAGUCGCCGCCGCCGCGCUACACGGCGGCACUUCUGCCGCUCGGCACGUGGCCGGAUACGACUCCAGCGGCAGCGACCACGGAGCCACCACGUGCCUCUCGGGGCUCGUCCAAGCCUUCCUUGAGAGUACCGCUGACUCCGACGAGGAAGCCGUCGCCAGCCGCGGAGGCCGACCGGAGCACGAAGGGAGCGGGGAGGACGAGGACGCCGAUUUCGGCAUCCUGGAGACUGUCCGCCAGCAGAUGUUCCCGCCGCUGGAGAAGGAUCUUUUCCGCGCUGGCCUUGCCGCUGACGUUUACAAGGCGGCGGAGAGCCUCUCUUGGCUGAAGAGUACCGCCCCUGCUUUACGGAGGGCGACGAUGAUGCGGCUUAGGUCUGCGGGAUACAAUGCCGGCAUCUGCAAGGCGAAGUGGGACGCCGCUGGAGGGAUCUUAGCCGGAUGCUACGAGUACAUCGACGUAGUGGCGCCGGCGGGAGACGAAACGAGGGAAAUGCGGAAGGGGAAGAGGUACAUCGUGGACUUAGACUUCGCGGCGGAGUUCGAGGUUGCGAGGGCGACGGAGGCGUACCGGAGCGUGGUGGCUGUGCUGCCGCCUGUGGCUGUGGCGGAGGAUGAGGCGGUGCGGAGGGUGGUUCGGGAGGUGUCCGACGCGGCGCGGAGGUCGCUGCGAGCGAGGGGCCUGCACGUGCCCCCGUGGCGGAAGAGCCGCUACAUGCUCGCCAAGUGGCUGGGGCCCUACCGACGGAUCACAAACCCAGUAACCUCCGCCUCCCUCGCCGACGCGGUUGCCCGCGGCGACGGCGAAGUCAAGUGCCGCUCCGUCGGGUUCCCGACGGCGCCUCCCCUCGCGGUCCUCGCCGCCCGCACUCGUUGA